CUGGCUUGAGCUCGCCGUCCAUGGAGGACGCUGCUUGGGUUGGUCCUGAGAACGCAGCAUCAAGUGCUGCCCUCAACUCAUUGAGUGUCUUACUCGAUCAUCUAACUCCAACCUGAAGACAUGUCGACCUUUCUCAAGCUGCUCCUUCUCAUUUGCCUCCACAAUGCAGGUGGAAUUGUGGCUGCAGAGGAUUUGAACACUGUGCCAGAGGAGCUACCAGCAGUGACUAUUGACACCUGCAAGACAUGCUCUGAGAUCAUUGACCUUGUGAAGGAUCUGCUUUCAGACACCAGAGUUCAGGGGAUGAUAACACAUGACCUGGAUCUUGUCUGUGAGAAGCUGGGCAGCCCUGUACCAGUGAAGGCCUGCAAGGACGCGGUGGAGAAAAACCUGCCCGUCGCAUUCACCCUCUUCAGCAAUGUUGUGGAUGCAGGUAAGGUUUGCGAUUGGCUGGGACUAUGUGCUGUCGAGGGAGACCACAGGCUACAGCAGGUGAUGACAAAGCUCCUAACUGCACUGGAAUCUUCAGACCUCCAAGUGGGGUUUAGUCUUCAGUGUAAGUUCUGUGUCUACCUGCUUCAGUUUUUGGAGAACAUCCUGCCAGUAGAGAAGACUGAGACUGCUGUUGCCCAUGCGCUGGAGCGAGUGUGCGGGCUCCUUCCUCCAGCUUACCGGCAGCAGUGUGAGGACUUCAUCGAGGCGUACAGCAAGAAGCUGAUUGAGAUGCUGCUGGACAAGUCCUCUCCACAGACCAUCUGCACCCUGCUCCUCAUCUGCAGGGGCAUGGAGGAGGCCCCAGCUAUCGGUUCCCAUAUGAGUGGCUAUGCUUGCGCCGUGACCAGCUACAAGUGCCGUAACCUUCUCACUGCAAUAGAGUGCGGGUCAGUUGAAUUCUGUCAGAGACGUGUUUGGAUGUAAACUCCUCUGUGCAGAAGAGACUACUGGCCUAAAGGGGAAUGUAUGGCUUUGUCUUUUAUCAACAGCUGCCAUCACAGGUCAAUAUCAGUGACCACAGAUCUAUACAUUCAUACUGCCAGCCCAAUAGCAAAAUACGACACCCACUUACGCAUGUCUGUCCAUUAUCCACUCAGUUUCACAGUCUUCUGUCUUUUAUCAUUGAAUGAAUGCAUGGUAUUUGCAAAUGUCAUACAGUGUGAUACACACAGUGCAAGUACAUGCAAGGAAAAAAAACUGUUUAAAUAGGUUGGUGACCUUGAUUUUAUUGUCCAUUGCAAACAGAGAACGUGUUCAGAUUACAGCCAUAUAUAUAGCUGUAUGUAGGACUGUCUCUGUGUUUGCCAAGGAGGCAGGCUAGCUAGUUCAGCUCGUGACAACUAUUAUUGAUAUAGGGUUAUGGGUGGAUGGCAGGGCUGAACUGGACUGGACUGGGAUCAAAAAACAACGUCUGCAUUUUUGGCA